UUGGAGUCUUCCAAAAGGAGGGAUUAUCUGCCGGCUUUUCGCGCCGCUACUGCCGCAGCUACCUGCGGUUUGGCCGGGCAGAAUGAAUGUGAUAGAUCAUGUGCGGGACAUGGCGGCCGCGGGGCUGCACUCCAACGUGCGGCUUCUCAGCAGCUUGUUGCUUACAAUGAGUAAUAACAACCCUGAGUUAUUCUCCCCAUCUCAGAAGUACCAGCUUUUGGUGUAUCAUGCAGAUUCUCUCUUUCAUGAUAAGGAAUAUCGGAAUGCUGUAAGUAAGUAUACUAUGGCUUUACAGCAAAAGAAAGCCCUAAGUAAAACUUCAAAAGUGAGACCUUCAACUGGAAAUUCUGCAUCUACUCCACAAAGUCAGUGUCUUCCAUCUGAAAUUGAAGUGAAAUAUAAAAUGGCUGAAUGUUAUACAAUGCUAAAACAAGAUAAAGAUGCCAUUGCUAUACUUGAUGGGAUCCCUUCAAGACAAAGAACUCCCAAAAUAAACAUGAUGCUGGCAAACUUGUACAAGAAGGCUGGUCAGGAGCGCCCUUCAGUCACCAGCUACAAGGAAGUACUGCGGCAGUGCCCAUUAGCUCUUGAUGCCAUUCUAGGUUUGCUGUCCCUUUCUGUAAAAGGUGCAGAGGUGGCAUCAAUGACUAUGAAUGUGAUCCAGACUGUGCCUAACUUGGACUGGCUCUCUGUGUGGAUCAAAGCAUAUGCUUUUGUGCACACUGGUGACAACUCAAGAGCAAUCAAUACCAUCUGCUCACUAGAGAAAAAGUCCUUAUUGCGAGAUAAUGUGGACCUACUGGGAAGCUUGGCAGAUCUGUACUUCAGAGCUGGAGACAAUAAAAAUUCUGUCCUCAAGUUUGAACAGGCACAGAUGUUGGAUCCUUAUCUGAUAAAAGGGAUGGAUGUAUAUGGCUACCUCCUGGCACGAGAAGGUCGGCUAGAGGAUGUGGAGAACCUUGGUUGCCGCCUUUUCAAUAUUUCUGAUCAGCAUGCAGAACCCUGGGUGGUCUCUGGGUGUCAUAGCUUCUAUAGCAAACGCUACUCCCGUGCCCUCUACUUGGGAGCCAAGGCCAUUCAGCUGAACAGUAAUAGUGUGCAAGCUUUGCUACUUAAAGGAGCAGCACUUAGGAACAUGGGCAGAGUCCAGGAAGCAAUAAUCCAUUUUCGGGAGGCCAUAAGGCUCGCACCUUGUCGCUUAGAUUGUUAUGAAGGUCUCAUCGAAUGUUACUUAGCCUCUAACAGUAUUCGAGAAGCAAUGGUAAUGGCUAACAAUGUUUACAAAACUCUAGGCGCAAAUGCACAGACCCUUACCCUUUUAGCCACCGUUUGUCUAGAAGACCCAGUGACACAGGAGAAAGCCAAAACUUUGUUAGAUAAAGCCCUGACCCAAAGGCCGGAUUACAUUAAAGCUGUGGUGAAAAAGGCAGAACUCCUUAGCAGAGAACAGAAGUACGAAGAUGGGAUUGCUUUGCUGAGGAAUGCCCUGGCUAAUCAGAGCGACUGUGUCCUACACCGGAUCCUGGGAGAUUUCCUCGUAGCUGUCAAUGAGUACCAGGAAGCCAUGGACCAGUAUAGCAUAGCGCUCAGUUUGGACCCCAAUGACCAGAAGUCUCUAGAGGGGAUGCAGAAGAUGGAGAAGGAGGAGAGCCCCACGGAUGCCACUCAGGAGGAGGACGUGGACGACAUGGAAGGGAGCGGGGAAGAAGGGGACCUGGAGGGCAGCGACAGUGAGGCGGCCCAGUGGGCCGACCAGGAGCAGUGGUUCGGCAUGCAGUGAGGGCCGCCGCUCGGAGCGCUUCCCUGGACUGUAGGUGCCGGAGGAGCGGCUCUCGGGGAGACGGUGCCUGUGCGCUUGUGGCCGGGCUCCCUGCCCCGCACUCCCGAGUUCUAGUCGGGACUUCAUUUUGACACUGGGGCUGGCCAACCUCCGGUGUUGCUCCACCUGAGAGGACCGCGGGCUGCCCUUUGGCCCACAGAAGCGGGCGCUUCAGGCAGAGGGCUUUUGAUGUGACUAAUUGCUGAAUCCAAAAGCUGGAAGAAUAUUUUGUGACGUGAAUGGAUUUGAAGGAGUCAAGGACAAGUACAUGGUCUGGCCCUACCAGAGGUGGUUUCCUGUUCCCAGAAGUCAUCGUUCUGGGCUGUCUGUGCUCCCCUGGCGACUUGCUUUCUUCUGCAGUGAUGGCGAUGCCUUCAGCUGACAGUUGCUGUUUUCAGAACAGCUUUCCUAUGUGCUGAACUGGCACCUUGCCUCAACCUGGGCCAGUCUGAAAGGCAGGUGUGACCAGGGUGCCCAGGUGCCUCCCGGGCGGUGGGGAAAUAAAACUGGUUUGUACAGUCAUGGUGUUGGGGU